GAGAGGAUUGCAAUGGAAACCUAAUAGCAGAAGCCAUGACACCUUUCAUCAACAUCGCCUUACUUGUUGCCCUGUUCUUGCUCAACUCAGAUCGCAUUCAGAAAGCCAUUGAGAUAUGCAGCGAAUGUUUGAUUUUGCUAAAUGGCACCGAUCAAAACAGCAAAGAUCAAUUUGAUUCAGCACUGCUACAAUUUUACAGCGACAUCUAUAACAUUCUUUUCAGCGCUUAUUGUCAUAUCUCUGACUACAUAAGUGCGGAAAGAUACGGGAGGAGACUGUUUGACUUAUACAGCGAGUCUACAAUUAUGCUUUAUAAACUUGGCGAAAGCCUAAAAGCAAAGGAAUAUGUUGAGAGGGCCCUUGCCAUAACAACCAAAAUUGGCGACAGAAGCGGAGAAGCAUCAUGUUAUGGAAACCUAGGUACUGUGUUUGGGUCGCUUGGCCAAUACGACAAGGCUGAAGAGUAUCUCCAAAAAGCGCUUGUCAUCAGAACUGAAAUUGGCGACAGAAAAGGGGAGGCAGCUGACUACGGCAACCUAGGUACUGUGUUUAAGUCGCUUGGCCAAUACGACAAGGCUGAAGAGUAUCUUCAAAGAGCACUUGUCAUCAGAACUGAAAUUGGCGACAGAGAAGGGGAGGCAACUGGCUACAGAAACCUAGGUACUGUGUUUAAGUCGCUUGGCCAAUACGACAAGGCUGAAGAGUAUCUCCAAAAAGCGCUUGUCAUCAGAACGGAAAUUGGCGACAGAGAAGGAGAAGCAUCAUGUUAUGGAAACCUUGGUACUGUGUUUCUGUCCGUUGGCCAAUACGACAAGACUGAAAUUGGCGACAGAAAAGGGGAGGCAACUGACUACGGAAACCUAGGUGCUGUGUUUAAGUUGCUUGGCCAAUACGACAAGGCUGAAGAGUAUCUCCAAAAAGCACUUGUCAUCAGAACUAAAAUUGGCGACAGAGGAGGGGAAGCAUCAUGUUAUGGAAACCUAGGUACUGUGUUUAAGUUGCUUGGCCAAUACGACAAGGCUAAAGAGUAUCUCCAA